AUGCCUUCUUACACACGAGCCGCCGUACUCAUUCUCUUCGCAUCCUACCAUCUCACUAUUGCCGCGCCUGUUCCGGAUAACAGCAACCAAGUCAACAAUGCCUAUACUGGAACUGCCGGCGACGCGUCGGGAGGUAGUGUCCUCAGCGAGAGCAACGCUCCAAAAAGUAUUUUCAAUGGCGGGAACCUCCUCAAAUUAUUUUCUGGAAAUGGGGGAAAUGGAAAAUCUGCCAACUCAGGCACAGCUUCUGCUAUCCUACCUUCAUCUCUGCAGGUCGGAGGCAGCAACACGGAUGGAAGUUCUUCAGGUGGAACGAAUGCCAACAGUGUUGGCAACACGUACAGUGGUGCAGGAGGGAUUGCAAAAGGAGGAGACACAGUAGCCUCUGGAGGCCUUCUCGAACUGUUUUCAGACAACGCAGGCUCGGGCGGUAGUGCAAGCAGCGGGUCUGCCGGGAGCCCAGUCAUCACGACGACGACCUCCACCAGAAAACUAGGAAAGUCGAGAAUAAUUAGGGUUGUGCGCAUGAGGUCGAAGUAG